AUAUGAACCACCGCAGUACCACCACCCUCACAUAUCUCAUUCUACCCUUCCCUGCGCCGUCUCUCUCUCAUGCUAAAAUCUUAUUUCUUAUAUAACAAACUGUAUCUGGUUUCGGUAUUCCGUAUCAAGAGAAGAAACAAGUGUUCUCCGAAGCCAAAGUGUGGCAAUGUAAAACACCGCGCCAUAGCGCCAGUGGUUUAAAAGUCGCGCGUCUUGAGUGAGAUCAAAAGCUGAUCUUAAUAUCGGGCCACGAUUUUCUCAAGUCGAGUUUUCCACCCAAUCAUAUCUAUCUGUCCAUCGAAAUCAUCUAAAAUCCAUGGUAAAGGUGGACUUUUUCACGUUAACAACCGUUCAAGAAAAUUUUAUGCAAAUUUACUUCCGGCACUGAUCAAAUUCGCGAGUGAUCUUGGCUGGAGUGCGUCUCGAGUAGGCUGUGGUAGUGUCUUCAAGUGAUAGUCCGUGGUAGAAUCGAGUGUUCUUGGUGAUACUGAUGUUGUGAUGCUGGAACGGAUCUAAAGAGUAUCUCACUGACGUGGAAAUGUGAUAAGUUCGCGACGGAGGAGAGUUAGUGACAAACACUGUGACUGCACUUUCUUUUUCGUCAAUGGUUCCAACGAGUGUUUUCUGCAGGCUUGGGAGCGUCGCACAGUGCGCACAGAUAUGCGAAAACCAUGCUAGCUCCGAGCCGCCAGUGACGCAUCCGUGGUUAUGGUGAAAACGAAGAUCGUUACAAUUCUCGAGAGUAAAUGACCUCGAUCCUUAAGUGUUGACCUUUUUUCCGAUCAUCGAAACCGUGCGUAUUUGUCUUGUCCCUGAUGUUUGAGGAAUGCAUUCCGUACGCCAAGUGUUAAUUGCCUUCCUAGUGAUCGUGUUGUUGUGCAAAUGUAUGUAAAUGAAAAAUUUUUCAAAUUCUUCAGAAAUAUUUACAUAGAGGCGUGUAAGUGGGAAAAUCAUAUCAAAAUCAUUGAUAUUCCAUGAAUAAUAAUGAAACUACUAACACCGAAUAAAGCGACAACCACGACAGCGCCUUCUCGCCAUUGCAACUACGACUCCGCAGAAUAUCUUCAUUUUGUUCAUUUAAAGUUGUCCCGACGUGGACGGCGACAACAACAGUUUGACUCCAGUAAUACACUAUUGAUACUUUUUUCUCCAAUUAUUAAUAUAAUUUCGUAUUCGAGAAAACCAGUUUUCUAUUUUUAAUAUCGGAGAGGCGAGAAAAAUUAGUACAUAUGAAAAAGAUACUCGCAUACUUAUAUGCAAAUCUAUAGCUCUCCACGGAGUAUCUGGAGGUGCAAUCGCGUUCUCAUUGAAUACUUACAAUCGCAAUUAAAAUUCUUGAAUACAAUAUCACCUGGCCUGUUACAUAAACCCCCGUGUAUAUACCCUCACGUGUAAAAUUUCGCGAAAUACCUGAAAAAAAAUAUCCAUCUGACCAUCGCGCGGAAUGAAGAGGUGUUUUUGCAAAAGGAAAAAUCCAAGUGUCCGCAAUUUCAAUAACGGAAUUGAUAUUCGUGCAUCGGGAAAGUAGCAACGGAUGAUUGUGCAUUCUUUCCUCAAAAUUUGCACCUGUACGACUUCGGAUGAACAACUUUAAGACGUGCUGUCCAAACUAAGAAAAAGAAAAGUUAAAAAAGAAAAACACAUUAAACAGGAGAAGAAGUGCAGCGUCAACAUUUCCGCUUGCUUUUAAUUGCAUCUGGUCGAUGCAGUGCAUCUUACAUUUUUGGCAGUCGCACAGAAGAGUUGCGAGCGACCAUGCGGGUAUGGCUUCUUCUCCUUGUAGUGCUGGCGACUUUAUCAAGAACACAACAAGUUGCUAGCACCACCGACAAUAAUAUUAAAGAUAAUAUAAAAAACGAUAAUCAUUCUAGUAAUAAGGAUAAUAAUAAUAAAGAUAAUCUAAAUAAUAAUAAAUUAACAAGUGAUACUCUAGUCCAAAUUGAAAAGAAUUUAUUAUCCAUACUCGGAUUACCAAAACGGCCUAAAAUUGAUAGGUCAAAAAUUGUUAUACCUAAACGACUGCGUGAAAUAUAUGAACAAACAAUGGGUCAUGAAUUAAGUUCAGUACAUAUACCAGCACCUGGAUCAUAUACGCAAACAUCAAAUACAAUGAGGAGUUUUGUACAUCAAGAUAGCAAUGUAGACGACAGAUUCCGCCAUCACAGCAGAUUCAGGUUGUUCUUCGACACUUCAAGCAUACCAAGCGAGGAGACACUCAAAGCGGCCGAGCUGAACUUAUUCCGCGAGGCCAUCACCCAUGCAGGGGCUAAUAGAACGCGUUACCAAAUUACGGUUCACGACAUCAUUCGACCUGGUAUCAAGGGUACGCGUGAACCAAUUUUCGUCCUGAUAGAUUCAAAAACGGUGCGGAUCAACAGUUCAGAUACAGUGAUCGUGGACAUUCAACCAGCUGUUGAGCGAUGGCUUCGGGAACCAAAGCGAAAUUAUGGCCUUCUGGUACAAGUUAUUGAACAUGGCAAGGAGAACUCUUCAGCUCCACAUAAUCAUGUUCGACUGAAACGAAAUUUGGAUGAACCACAUGAUGACUGGUUACAGAAGCAACCAGUUCUUUUUACAUAUACUGACGACGGUCGCCAGAAAACCCGCUCGAUUCGCGAUGUUAGUAGAUCGAAGCGAGCACAUCACAGGCAAUCACGGGGGAGGAAGAAGGUCUCCCAGCUUUGCCAGAGACACUCACUCUACGUGGACUUCCACGAGGUUGGAUGGGCCGACUGGAUUGUAGCCCCUCCCGGUUUUGAGGCGUUCUACUGCCACGGCGAAUGCCCCUUCCCACUGGACGAUCAUUUCAACUCAACGAACCAUGCUGUCCUGCAGUCGCUCGUUCACGACAUGGAUCCAUCGAAAGUGCCCAAGGUGUGUUGCGUGCCCACAAAGCUCGCCCCCAUUUCGAUGCUCUUCCUCAAUGAAAAGAAUGUAGUCGUCCUGAAGAAUUACCAGGAAAUGUCCGUGGAGGGUUGUGGGUGUCGAUGAUUCUCAUGUAGAUAUUUAGGUUCUUUUAUAAAAAAAAAAGUAUUUAUAUAUAAAAUUUAACACAAAACUGUAAAUAUGCAAAACCUUAUUUAUAUCGAAACCAGUCAGUAAUAAACAAAAAAAUUAAAAAUG